AUGAUGGAUCCCAAUUUGAGGCCGGUGGCAGUGAAGCGCGCCCAAAAGCAAUGGGAGCAACCGAAAAACUUGUCUCCUCCGCCUCAACUGACUGUAUACAAUAGUUUGACUCGCCAGAAAGAAAUUUUCGUUCCAAAUGAGGGAAAACGUGUCAGGUGGUACAUUUGCGGGCCAACCGUUUACGACUCAUCUCAUAUGGGACACGCUCGAUCUUACCUUUCUUUGGAUAUCCUUCGACGAGUCUUUCGUGAUUAUUUUGGUUAUGAUGUGGAGUUCAUUAUGAACAUCACUGACGUUGACGACAAAAUCAUUAAGAGAGCACGUCAGAGUCAUUUGCUCAAGUCAUACUUUAAUGAAUCUCAAGCGCCAUCUGUUAUAAAGGUCUGCGAAGACGUUGUGGCUGCAUUGGAGCACUUUGACAAGAAAUUCGUCAAUGAAGUCGAUCCUGACAAGAAAAAGAUGCUUGAAGUCAUGAUUAAAAAAGUGCAAGACCAAUCGGACGCACUUGAAACUGCAAUGAAGGCCCAGGAUUCUAUCGCCAUUGAAGAAGCCAAGGGACGUUUGCUGAAUGAGUCUCGCGAUGUCCUUUCUGAAUGGCUUGACCACAAUCAUGGAAAGGAUGUGAGAGAUCAUAGUGUUUUCGAUGAUCUUGCUAAGACAUACGAAAAAGAGUUUCUUGCGGAUAUGGCUCGCCUCAAUGUGCUGCCUGUCGAUGUGCUCACUCGUGUAUCUGAAUAUGUACCCGAAGUUAUUACAUACGUCAAAAAAAUCAUCAAUAACGGAUAUGCAUAUGCCGCAGAAGACGGAAGUGUUUAUUUCGACACAAAAGCCUUUGAGCAAAACCCCAAGCACUUCUACGCAAAAUUGGUUCCAGAAGCCUAUGGUGAUGACAGCGAACAAUUGCUAAAGAACAUGCGUGAAGGAGAGGGAGAAUUGAGCAUGUCUGAUGAGCGACUUAAGUCAAAGAGAAAUCCAACUGAUUUUGCUCUCUGGAAGUCAUCAAAGGAUGGAGAACCAUUCUGGUCAUCGGAGUGGGGAAACGGUCGCCCGGGAUGGCACAUUGAAUGCUCAGUCAUGUCAUCCGCUAUCUGCGGCUCGAAGCUUGAUAUUCAUGCUGGUGGAUUCGAUCUCAAAUUCCCUCACCACGACAAUGAAAUUGCCCAAGUUGAAGCUCAUUAUGACGAUCCUCAUUGGGUAAAUUACUUCUUGCACUGCGGAACUCUCCGUAUUCAAGGAAUGAAAAUGUCCAAGUCUCUGAAAAAUUUCAUCACUAUUCGUAAAGCCUUGGAGGAUUACACCCCACGGCAAUUGCGCCUUCUCUUCUUGAUGCAUAAUUGGGCAGAUGUUCUUGAUUACAGCUCUUCCACAAUGGAACGUGCCCUCCAGUUUGAGAAAAUCACGAAUGAGUUCUUUUUGCUUGUCAAAGACUACUUAAGACGACAUUACAAACCUGAUAGAUCAGAAGGUUAUCAAAAAUAUCAAGCAAGAGAAUUGAAACUCAUGGAUGAGUUCGGGAAGCUCAAAUCGGAAGUUCAUGGAUCACUUUGCGACUCAGUGGACACUAGAACUGUCAUUGAAAAGUUCCGUGAGCUUAUCGGACUUGGAAAUGCCUACAUUGUUGAAAAAGAGAAAGAUGGCCACGUUCCCAAUUGCCUCUUACUCAGAAACAUCGCAGCUUACAUCACCAAUCUUCUCAAAAUUUUCGGAGCCAUCCCACAAAGCAGUCAAGAAAUCGGAUUUGUGUCCGAGGACGAAUGCAACGGCGAGGGAGCAACAACAUCUUUCAACAAAGAAGACAUCGUCAUGCCAUAUCUCGAUGCUCUUGCACAAUUCCGUGAGAAAGUUCGAAACAUUGCUAAAGAGCACAAAGUUAACGGAAUUUUGGAGGAGUGUGAUGUCUUAAGAGAUAAGACUUUAACCGAAUUAGGAGUUCGUUUGGAAGACAGAAAUGGUCAGACCGUUGUGAAACUUGUUGACCGAGCUACAUUGCUGAGAGAGCAGGAGCAGAAGGAGGCUGAAAAGAAGCGAAAAGAAAAAGAAAAAGCUGACAAGGAUCAAAAGAACCGCGAAAAGGCAGAUAAAGAAGCUGCAUCGAAAAGAAUCAAGCCAGAAGAGUUAUUCAAACAGGGUGAACACACUGGAAAGUUUUCCAAGUUUGAUCAAAGAGGUGUACCAACUCAUUUGGCUAACGGAGAAGAGAUUUCGAAAAGCCAGCUGAAGAAGUUAGAGAAAGUUUUCGAGGCUCAAAAGAAAAAAUAUCAACAGUAG